GUAAUCUGCCCACCUCGGCCUCCCAAAGUGCUGGGAUUACAGGUGUGAGCCACUGCGCCUGGCCUUGUUUUCCAAGUUUUAAUGCCCUUCACGAUGAAGAAACAAAGAGGAGUUGGUGUCCUGCCUGCGCUCAGGAUGAGGGGGAAUCUGGCCCUGGUGGGCGUUCUAAUCAGCCUGGCCUUCCUGUCACUGCUGCCAUCUGGACAUCCUCAGCCGGCUGGCGAUGACGCCUGCUCUGUGCAGAUCCUCGUCCCUGGCCUCAAAGGGGAUGCGGGAGAGAAGGGAGACAAAGGCGCCCCAGGACGGCCUGGAAGAGUCGGCCCCACGGGAGAAAAAGGAGACAUGGGGGACAAAGGACAGAAAGGCAGUGUGGGUCGUCAUGGAAAAAUCGGUCCCAUUGGCUCUAAAGGUGAGAAAGGAGAUUCUGGUGACAUAGGACCCCCUGGUCCUAAUGGAGAACCAGGCCUCCCGUGUGAGUGCAGCCAGCUGCGCAAGGCCAUCGGGGAGAUGGACAACCAGGUCUCUCAGCUGACCAGCGAGCUCAAGUUCAUCAAGAAUGCUGUCGCCGGUGUGCGCGAGACGGACAGCAAGAUCUACCUGCUGGUGAAGGAGGAGAAGCGCUACGCGGACGCGCAGCUGUCCUGCCAGGGCCGUGGGGGCACGCUGAGCAUGCCCAAGGACGAGGCUGCCAACGGCCUGAUGGCCGCGUACCUGGCGCAAGCCGGCCUGGCCCGCGUCUUCAUCGGCAUCAACGACCUGGAGAGGGAGGGCGCCUUCGUGUACUCGGACCGCUCCCCCAUGCGUACCUUCAACAAGUGGCGCAGCGGUGAGCCCAACAACGCCUACGACGAGGAGGACUGCGUGGAGAUGGUGGCCUCGGGCGGCUGGAACGACGUGGCCUGCCACACCACCAUGUACUUCAUGUGUGAGUUCGACAAGGAGAACAUGUGAGCCUCAGGCUGGGGCUGCCCAUUGGGGGGGCCCCACGUGUCCCCGCAGGGUUGGCAGGGACAGCGCCCAGCCCCCGGUGCCAGCCGGGGAGCUGUCCCUCUGUGAAGGGCGGAGGCUCACUGAGUAGAAGGCUGUUGUCUAAACUGAGAGAACGGCCUGUGCUUAAGAGGAAGGAGAACGUGUUCCUGGGGUGCUGUUUCUGAAGAAGCAGUUUCAUUACCUGUAUUGUAGCCCAAUGUCAUUAUGUAAUUAUUACCCAGAAUUGCUCUUCCAGAAAGCUCUUGCCUUUGUCCAAGCCAUACAAUAAAAUCUUUAAGUAGUGCAGUAGUUAAGUCCAAAUAGUGGCAAUGGGGUCUUGAAUUACUACCUUUUAAUUUCUAUAUGGAAAAGAACUCACUUUGACCAACGCUUCUGUAAAUUACAUUAAAAUAUAGGUUCCUUCACACUGUUAUCCAUGUUGCUUUGCUUCAAACCCAGAUUUCAGGAAAACAACGACAACAAAAUUCUCCAAACUUUA